GUUUGAACCGUGUCUAUGUUGAGGCGGAAAUAUUAAAAUUAAUAAGUUUGUUCUCAGGUAAAACAUAUCUAAAUAACGAGAUCAUCACCCACAACCAUUGUUUUGUGCGAGAACACUAAACUGGGCAAAGAGCAGUUUUUGCUGUUUGCCGACUCCGGGUACGUGAAGCCGGGUGUCGCGCGAAUAGAAUCGCUUCCCCCCUGCCGUGCUAACAGCUAGCUAGCAGCGGAGCUAACGUUAUAGCUAGCAGUGACACGGAGCCAGCUAAUCCCCAACACAAAGGACGACUUCACCGGUGUUUGUCUUAACAAUCCCGAAUCUCUCCGUUGAAUGAGUACUGAGAUCCCUGCACAGGUUGAUCAUGGUGCUGACAGGGAAGCGCUCAGAGAAAGGUCCGGCCUGCUGGAAGAGGAGGGUAAAAUCUGAGUACAUGAGGCUUCGGCAGCUCAAGCGCUUCAGACGGGCUGACGAGGUCAAGGUCAAACAGAUCACAUGUCCACUUAACAUGAGCAUGUUCAACUCCAACCGGCAGAAAAUUGUGGAGCGAACUGAUAUUUUGAACCAGGAGUGGAAGACCAGGCGGAUCCAGCCGGUUCACAUCAUGACAUCUGUCAGCUCUUUACGAGGGACCCGAGAGUGCACGGUGGACAGCUGUUUCUCCGAGUUCCCCCGGCAAGUCAUCCCCCUGAAGACUCUGAACGCUGUGGCCUCCGUCCCUGUCAUGUACUCCUGGUCACCGCUGCAGCAGAACUUCAUGGUGGAGGAUGAGACGGUGCUUCAUAACAUCCCCUACAUGGGAGACGAGAUCUUGGACCAGGAUGGUACUUUCAUAGAGGAGCUCAUCAAGAACUAUGACGGCAAAGUCCAUGGAGACAGAGAGUGCGGCUUCAUCAACGAUGAGAUCUUCGUGGAGUUGGUCAACGCUCUGGUGCAGUAUAGUGAUAAUGAAGAUGACGAGGAGGAGGAAGAACAGGACUUUAAGGUAGAAAAAAUGGACCUGUGUGACGGCAAGGACCACCAAGAGGAUCCCCGCAAGGAUGGGCUUGUUAAUGAGAGUCGAACCAACAAUGACACCAGCAGGAAGUUUCCUUCUGACAAGAUUUUUGAUGCCAUCUCCUCAAUGUUUCCUGACAAAGGCUCCACAGAAGAGCUCAAAGAAAAGUACAAAGAGUUGACAGAGCAGCAGCUUCCCGGUGCGCUGCCGCCUGAAUGCACGCCGAACAUCGACGGACCAAACGCCCGCUCUGUGCAGCGCGAACAGAGCCUGCACUCCUUCCACACUCUGUUCUGCAGACGCUGCUUCAAAUACGACUGUUUCCUCCACCCUUUUCAUGCAACUCCAAACACCUAUAAACGCAAGAACUUGGAGAACCUGGUUGACAGUAAACCCUGUGGCAUCGACUGUUACAUGUACCUGGUGCAGGAUGGCAUGGUGAGGGAGUACCCUGCCGGUGUGGUUGCCGAACGGGCCAAGACGCCUUCCAAGCGCACAGUGGGCCGGCGCCGGGGACGACUGCCCAACAGUAACAGCAACAGCCGACCCAGCACCCCCACCGUUUCCUCGGAAACCAAAGACACAGACAGCGACCGCGAGGGCAGCAAAGAAGACGAACGAGACAACGAUAAAGACGAUGAGGACAAGAAGGAUGAGACCACCAGCAGCUCGGAGGGUAACUCGCGGUGUCAGACUCCAGUGAAGAUGAAGCUGACGGGCGAGCCUGAAGCGGUGGAGUGGAGCGGAGCUGAAGCCUCUCUGUUCAGGGUUCUCAUCGGGACGUACUACGACAACUACUGUGCCAUCGCACGACUCAUAGGCACCAAGACCUGCAGACAGGUUUACGAGUUCAGGGUCAAGGAGUCGGCCAUCAUCGCUCGGGCUCCCGCUGAAGACGAGGACACACCGCCAAGAAAGAAGAAGAGGAAACACAGACUGUGGGCCACUCACUGCAGGAAGAUCCAGCUAAAGAAAGAUGGAUCAUCCAAUCAUGUGUACAACUACCAGCCAUGUGACCACCCUCGCCAGCCCUGCGACUCCUCAUGUCCCUGCGUCACCGCGCAGAACUUCUGUGAGAAGUUCUGCCAGUGCAGCUCUGAGUGCCAGAACCGCUUCCCAGGGUGUCGGUGCAAAGCCCAGUGUAACACCAAGCAGUGUCCCUGCUACCUGGCAGUCAGGGAGUGCGACCCGGACCUCUGCCUGACCUGUGGAGCUGCAGACCACUGGGACAGCAAGAACGUGUCCUGCAAGAACUGCUCCAUCCAGAGAGGAGCCAAGAAGCACCUGCUGCUGGCCCCGUCUGAUGUGGCAGGCUGGGGCAUCUUCAUCAAGGAGCCGGUCCAGAAAAACGAGUUCAUCUCUGAGUACUGUGGAGAGAUCAUCUCUCAGGAUGAGGCCGACCGCAGAGGGAAGGUUUACGACAAGUACAUGUGCAGCUUCCUCUUCAAUCUCAACAACGAUUUUGUUGUGGAUGCAACGAGGAAAGGCAACAAGAUCCGCUUUGCCAACCACUCUGUCAACCCCAACUGCUAUGCAAAAGUGAUGAUGGUGAACGGAGAUCACAGAAUAGGAAUCUUCGCCAAGAGAGCCAUCCAGACCGGAGAGGAACUGUUCUUCGACUACAGGUACAGCCAGGCUGACGCGCUGAAGUACGUCGGGAUCGAGCGUGAGACGGAGAUCGCCUGACGCUGCCUUCUACCUCCUGUGGAUCAAUGACGCAAAGGCCUUACACACAAACACACCUUCACUUCAGGAAAUCCAGACUUGUCACAACUCUACAAACUUCAGGAAAACUGGGAAUAUUUGGAGCUGAAUUUUAGACUUUGGUUUUGCUGUUUUUACUUUUUCUUCUGUCAAUAAAUCCUCCUUUUCUA